AUGGAGGAAGAGGAGAGACUGUUAUGUAUCGUGCAAUCCACCGCUAAACCUAAACCAAAAGGGGGAAAGGAAAAGCCUCAUAUCAACAUUGUCACCAUUGGACACAUAGAUUUGGGCAAGUCUACCACUACUGGUCAUCUGAUCUACCGUGUGGGUAUCACCGUUGAUAUCUCUCUGCGGAAAUUUGAGACUGAGUGUCAUGGGCCCAUUAUUGAUGCCCCAGGACACAGAGACUUUACCAAAAACAUGAUUACAGGCACAUCUCAGGCUGACCGUGCUGUCUUGAUUGUUGCUGCUGGUGUUGGUGAACUUGAAGCAGGUAGCUCCAAGAACAGGCAGAACUGUGAGCAUGCCCUUCUGGCUUACAUACUGGGUGUGAAACAACUAAUUGUCGGUGUUAACAAAAUGGAUUCCACUGAGUCUUCCUAUAGCCAGAAGAGAUGCAAGGAAAUCAUUAAGGAAGGCAACACCUACAUUAGGAAAAUUGAAUACAACCCUGACACAAUAGCAUUUGUGCCAAUUUUUGGUUGGAACGGUGACAACAUGCUGGAGCCAAGUGCUAACAUGUCUUGGUUCAAGGGAGGGGAAGUCACCCAUAAAGAUGGGAAUGCCAGUGGAACCACAUGCUUGGAGCUCUGGAUUGCAUUCUGCCACCAACUCGUCCAACUGACAAGCCCUUGCGUAUGUCUCUCCAGGACAUCUACAAAAUUGGUGGUAUUGGUACUGUCCCUAUGGCCCAGGUGGAGAUUGGUGUUCUUAAACCUGUCAGUGGUGGUCUCCUUUGCUUUAGUCAAUGUCACAACUGAAGUAAAAUCUGUUGAAAUGCACCAUGAAGCUUUGAGUGAGGCUUUUGCUGGGGACAAUGUGGACUUCAAUGUCAAGAACAUAUCUGUUGGGGUGCACUUUUCUGAGUUGAAGGAGAAGAUUGAUCAUCGUUCUGGAGAAAAGCUGGAAGAUGGCCCCAAGUUCUUAAAAUCCGAUGACACCGCUAUUGUUGAUAUGGUGUGUUGA